UCAAGUCCUAGAAUGCCCCCCAAAGUAAGCGGAAAAGCUGCGAAGAAGGCCGGCAAGGCCCAGAAGAACAUUGCCAAAGGAGACAAGAAGAAGAAGCGCAAGAGGAAGGAGAGCUACGCCAUUUACAUCUACAAAGUGUUGAAGCAGGUCCACCCCGACACUGGCAUCUCCUCCAAAGCCAUGACCAUCAUGAACAGCUUCGUCAACGACAUUUUCGAGCGCAUCGCUGGAGAGUCGUCCCGUCUUGCCCACUACAACAAGCGUUCGACCAUCACUAGCCGGGAAAUCCAGACGGCCGUCCGUCUGCUCUUGCCCGGUGAGUUGGCCAAGCACGCCGUGUCUGAAGGCACCAAGGCAGUCACCAAGUACACCAGCACCAAGUAGAUUGUUCAUCUUGUUCUCUCUACAAACCAAACGGCCCUUUUCAGGGCCACCAAAUUUUCAAGAAAUGAAAAAUAUCUAACUGCUUUUGACAUUUGUCUAGUCGAAUCCAAAGCUCGACCCAAUUUGUGAGACGGAACGUUAUGCUUUGUAUCUAGAGCUUAUAGUCUCUUUUCACCAGUUUACUAUUCUACAUGGCAAUACUCUUCUGUAGUUCACGUUUGCCAGAUUUGACACAAUGCGUUGAAUGUUGAAUAGUGAAUACAGAGAAAAAGGGAUCACGAAAUUGGUCUCCGAAGCAAUAACGUAAAUUUUUUACGUACUAAGCAAAUAUUAUAAAAAUGUUGUUAAAUACGAUGGGAAGUUAUUA